AAAAGGAUAUGGCUGAGCAGUCGCUUGUCCAACAAUUGUUAUGGCGUCCACCCACUUAUUUUGACUCUUCAGCCAGAGACAGUCGUGAAGAGAAGCCUGUUCGUAAAACACUAGCACUAGAACUGCUGUUGGGUUCGUUGCCAACAUACAGCAAUUCUUCACAGGCGUCCACUUCCAUAGAAAGCCAACACUCUAGAAAGCCCGUUCGUUACGAUUUCUAUGAAGAUUGGAAGAAGGAUGUGAAAAGUUUCAGAGAAAAGUUGGAGAAAAGGAAAAAGCACCUGGAGGAUUGUGGAUUGCCCUUAUCCGUCUUGUUUUGCUACCACAUUCCUUUACACUUCACAGAAUCUAGUUUCUGUAACCUAUUGUUUGAGCAGUUACGUAUACUUGGUGUUACUUCUUAUCACAUGGAAUGGAGCAAUAAUAAAAGCUCCCGAGUUUGUUGGGUUCAUUUUAUUUCAGACGAAUGGUGUGAGCUAGCAGCUUUCCGCCUGGUGCAAGUGGUUGAAGAAGGAGAAAAUAUACCGUUUGAAUUUAGUUUCUCGUUGCCCAAGAAUGACGACGUUGUACAGUGGAAAACGAAUAAGAGUAAAAAGCGAAAGCGAACGUCAAAAUUGGAGAAUUCACUGACACAUGCGCGUCAGUUAGGGUUAGUAUCCAACACGUUAUUUUUUGAUUACAUCGAAGCAGACAUAAGUCUCGAGUAUUUUAGAAAAUUUUUAUCUGAUAGCACCGAUGGCUUGACACAUGUGAGAAUGACGGAACCGUUAUUGAGAAGACGACCUGGAAAGCUUAAGCAACAGAUCUGCUUGAUAGAGACGUCUAGGUUGGGUUGGGCCACUUAUGCUUCCGAGUUCUUUCUUUUAAAUGCUUUGGCACGGUUGAAAACUUUGAGUUUACAAAAGUUAGGAAUUUCAAGUCCCAAAAUCGAUGAAACCGCAUCGAAGCAGAAACAGCAUCCAGAGUCGUUUAUUUCUCAACGUCAAAAGAGGUCGCAGAUAUCGGCCUUGGAAUCGAGUGAAAAAAGGAUAACUUUCAUACACGAAAAAUAAAACAAGAUACAAUUACAGCUUAUUUCUCUGUAGUAUAUUGUGUCGUUCU